AAGUGACAUUAAGCAAAGAAAUUCUAUAAGGACUAGGACACAGCUCCCCCAAGGCCUAUGCCAGUAUUAGUUCCUCGGAAAUAAUACUACCAUGAUUUCCUAUUUCCAGAAACCUCAGUGCUGCCACUAAAUGGUUACCUUCUUCAUAUACAUUCAUGUAUCUGAUUACUUCUUUGACAGAACCCUGGCGGGGGGAACCUUAUAUCAAUGAACAGGAAUUAUAAACAGGAAGAACUCAGCUUGAUAGAAUAAAGGAUUUCCUGUGUCUAAAGAUGGAACGGGCUUUGGGUGAGCAUCUGAACUCAUCACUGAAGGUGAUUUAAGCUUAAGAUGUGUGGAGUCUCAGGACAGAAGGGCCAUGGAAGUCUGGGGGCCAUUUGCGGAGGGUUGUAACCUGUAACCUGUAACCUGAAUUGACCUGCACUCCAGGGAUCAAGUUGUGUCUUUCCUUGUUUUUUUGUUUGUUUGUGUUUUUUUCCUAACGUACAGAGGCUUACAGUUUCAUACAUAUCAUUUUCUAAUAGUGAGGCUAUAAUCUAUCUCCCAUCAUUUCUACCUGGUGCACCCUAUUCUUCAGUCACAUGGAGAAGCUCACCAUUUCCCAAACCCGUGAGGCUUCAGUGUCUUUGCAAACACCAAGACCCCUGCCUAGCAAGUCUCUUUUCUCCAUUUACCCUCCCUUCAGUCCCUCUCUUCUUCCAGCCUGUGAAUUUCUUCAGCCUGAACAACUGUGAGCGUCUGUACAGCAGAGCCAUUUAACAGAACUGACUGAGGGGCUCUGGCCCCCAAAUCUUUCUUUCGGAGAUCUACUUGAAUGUGUGUAAAGUUCCACUCUGAAUCAUUCCUUUGGGGAUCAGGAAUUUCCAGCUCUUCUCGAAAAGAUGUGGAGACUGAGAUCAUCACCCAAUUUUAUGCAGCCAGUCACUGGCAGAGCUGAGAGGAAAAUCAAGAUCUGGCUCUAGACUCUGAGGGCUGAGCUCGAACUGCCACCUCUGCCAGCAGGACCAUGUGUACCAACUUGACCACUUGUGAGUGGAAGAAAGUCUUCUAUGAGAAGAUGGAGGUGGCAAAGCCAGCGGACAGCUGGGAGCUCAUCAUAGACCCCAACCUCAAGCCCAGUGAGCUGGCCCCUGGCUGGAAGCAGUACCUGGAGAAGCACGCCUCAGGCAGGUUCCACUGCUCCUGGUGCUGGCACACCUGGCAGUCUGCCCACGUGGUCAUCCUCUUCCACAUGUUCCUGGACCGUGCCCGGCGGAUGGGCUCGGUGCGCAUGCGCGUCUUCAAGCAGCUGUGCUAUGAGUGCGGCACGGCGCGGCUGGAUGAGUCCAGCAUGCUGGAGGAGAACAUCGAGGGCCUGGUGGACAACCUCAUCACCAGCCUGCGCGAUCAGUGCUACGAGGAGGAUGGUGGCCAGUACCGCAUCCACGUGGCCAGCCGCCCGGACAGCGGGCCGCAUCGUGCAGAGUUCUGUGAGGCCUGCCAGGAGGGCAUCGUGCACUGGAAGCCCAGCGAGAAGCUGCUGGAGGAGGAGGUGACCACCUACACCUCUGAAGCCUCCAAGCCGAGGGCCCAGGCGGGAUCCGGCUACAACUUCUUGUCUCUUCGCUGGUGCCUCUUCUGGGCCUCUCUCUGCCUGCUCGUUGUCUACCUGCAGUUCUCCUUCCGCAGUCCUGCCUUCUUUUAGUGGAGCUGGUUAAGGGUGGGAGAGGGCACAUGGGCUUGAGAGUGGGGAGGACACAGUCUGGACUUGAUCCUGCUACAGAUUCAACAUAUGACUGGACAAUCCGGUCACCUCUCUGAGCCUCAGUUUAUGCAUCUGCGGAAUGAGAGGAUUGCAUUAGAAGAUAGGCAAUGAUUCUUUCACUGGAUGUGACAAUAAUGGGGGGAAGGGGAAAAGGGUGUAAUAAAGGUUUUAGAGCUUGCCAGGA